UCGUUUCACGCGUUCCUCUCUCACAGUCUCAGCGCAGUUUUUUUCUCAACGGACAAUGGCGCCCAAAACCCUCUCUCUAUCCUCUUUCCCCACUCUCUCUCCGAUCUUUCUCUCUCCCCACCUCAUCACCUCCACCCGCACCUCCCUCACAUUCCACUACCACAAACCAACCCCAAUUCUUUGCAAAUCCGUACAACCUCGCACCCACGAGCAAACCCCGGUUUCCGCACCCGAGCCCGAAGGGGCCGGAGCGGCAGCGCCCACCCGAGGGGAUAUAUUCCUCGAGCACCAAAAGGCCCUGGCGGAUUCAGCUAAGGUGCUCUCGGCGAUUAAGAGGAAAAAGAAGAGGGAGAAAGUGGGUGGGUCCACGAAGGCCUCGAUAGCUGUUCCGAGCUGUUACGGGUGUGGGGCUCCUUUGCAGAUUUUGGAGAUGGAUGCUCCUGGUUACGUGGACCCGCCGACGUACGAAUUGAAAAAGAAGCAUCGCCAACUUAGAACAGUUCUUUGUGGAAGGUGCCGACUAUUGUCUCAUGGGCACAUGAUUACUGCUGUUGGUGGAAAUGGAGGUUAUUCUGGUGGGAAGCAGUUUGUUACUGCUGAAGAGCUUCGGGAGAAGCUAUCACACUUGCGCCAUGAGAAUGCUUUGAUUGUUAAAUUGGUCGAUAUAGUGGACUUCAAUGGAAGUUUUUUGGUUCGUGUGCGCGAUCUUGCUGGUGCAAAUCCAAUAAUACUGGUUGUGACUAAGGUUGAUCUCCUUCCCAAAGGAACCGACUUUAAUUGUGUCGGCGACUGGGUUGUGGAAGCGACAAUGAAGAAGAAGCUCAAUGUUGUGAGUGUGCACCUAACAAGUUCGAAGUCUCUGGUUGGGAUUGCUGGAGUUGUGUCUGAGAUUCAAAGGGAGAAAAAGGGACGAGACGUGUAUAUUCUGGGCUCAGCUAAUGUUGGAAAAUCGGCAUUCAUCAAUGCACUAUUAAAGAUGAUGUCAUACAAGGACCCAGUUGCUGCAGCGGCACAGAAAUACAGACCAAUACAGUCUGCUGUUCCUGGGACUACUUUAGGUCCAAUUCAGAUUGAUGCUUUCAUGGGAGGAGGGAAAGUGUAUGAUACACCUGGAGUUCAUCUCCACCAUAGGCAAGCUGCAGUGGUUCAUUCUGAGGACUUACCUUCCCUUGCUCCCCGAAGUCGGCUCAGGGGUCGGUCAUUUCCAAAUUCUCAGGUAACUUUAGAUGAAUGUGCGGCUGGUAAAAUUGGAUCCAAUGGCUUGAAUGGUUUUUCAAUAUUCUGGGGAGGUCUUGUUCGAAUUGAUGUCUUAAAGGCACUCCCUCAGACAUGUUUAACAUUUUACGGGCCCAAAGCAUUGCAGAUUCACUUGGUUCCCACAGUUGAUGCAGAUGAAUUUUAUCAGAGAGAAGUUGGAAAUCUAUUGACACCUCCAACUGGAAAGGAGCGGGGAGACAACUGGAUGGGCCUUGAGACACAGCGUCAAUUGCAAAUAGAGUUUGAAGAUACACAGAGGCCUGCUCGUGAUGUGGCUAUAUCUGGCCUUGGAUGGAUUGCUGUUGAACCAAUAAGCAGAUCUCCCGGAGUGUGCGAUUCAAAUCUAGAAGAAACAGAUAGAGAGUUGCUUCUGGUUGUCCAUGUCCCCAAGCCGGUUGAGAUUUUUGUUAGGCCUCCUUUGCCAGUGGGCAAGGGGGGGGAAGAAUGGUACCAGUAUCGAGAGUUCACAGAGAAGGAAUUGGAAGUUAGGCCAAAAUGGUAUUUUUGAUGCAAGUUUUCUUGAAAUCUGUUUGUAUAAAUAAUCGAAAGUUCAAUGUAGAGUGGCCUCCCCCUAAACACUGGGCUAGGCAUAUAGAGAGGGAAAAAUUUACAAAGACAACAAAAAAAAAACUGUUGUAUAUUGGUUUGUUUGUAUUGUUGAGCUGAUAUCAUAGCGUUUGAUUUGUUGACGGAAAUGUUAGGGUGGCGAAGGCAGCAUUAUUCAUGAUGUAGUUGAAAGGCGAUUUUGUUUAUUCUUCAUUUGAUUUGGCUGAUUCUAUACUCUUACA